CUCACUUCAGCGGAUGCAUGAAAGCUUAUGCUCAAAUAAAUUGGUUAGUCUCUAAGGUGCCCCAAGUACUCCUUUUCUUUUUGUGAAUACAGACUAACACGGCUGCUACUCUGAAACCAGGUAGAUUGUGAUACUAAAAACCUAGGGUCGAAAAGAGUCUGUUUUUAAAUAAGAAGGGCUUCUUAUUCACCUCAAUUUUAGAGAAAGCGAUCACCUAUUAAAAAGGUGGAAGACUUUAGGCUCUUACAUAGUAUACAGAAAAAGUACUAUAGUGGAGGCUCUUAGGAGAUCUUGUCCUUAAGUCACUUGAUGGUAACUUCUUUGCAAUCCAGAAAACAAGGCUAGAAGUGUUCUAAAAAUAACUAAGUUCAGAGCAGGAUGAAAAGGUAAAAUAAUUGGAAAGUGAGAAGCCUCCCACAGCAUGCACAGAAAUUUCUCACCCUGAAAUUCUUCAGGCUCAUUAUUGAUAUCAAGCAGCAUGAAGUAGCAUAGUCAAAGGAAAGCAGCCAAGUAAAUUAAGAAAAAAAAUAAGCAUGCACAAAAUCUUAGCACAAAUCCAAGUUUGGCAGAAAACCAGAAAGGCUGCUGCAGAUUCAGCUAAUAGACCAUAUCCCAUCUUCACAUAUGUCAUUUCUGGUCUACUUACCCUAAAUAUGGGAUCACUAAAAGUCAUCCCACCCAACCCUUCAUAGGAAAAAGGCCCAAGUCACUCAAAUGUUAGCAUUCUGCCCUAGUUCCACUACACUGUCAAGGGAGCUAUCAAGACAAAAGAGAUAAAGCAAGACCAGCUUUCCUCAGAGGAAGACAAGCUCAGGUAGGGGUUAAAAAAAAAAAUACCAUUGACAAAAAUUGGAAAGCAUUGAUCAUCAGUUAGACUAGAACAAUCUCCCACAGAACUGGGAAGCCUGUUUAAGAUGUUCAGAAUUGAAGUAAACAAAACACUCAAUAUAAGCAACAAUCCUGCAAUUACCAAGAGAUGGACUAGGUCUUAAAAUUAUAGGAAGAAGCUGAGUGGACAAAAUGUGUGAAACAGGCUAUUGCCCAAGUUAGCUAUUUUAUCUGAAACUUUGCCUGAGUGUUACUCUGCCAGGCGAGUCUAGCUCUCAAAUCAACUUUUCUUGGUGUUGCAGUUUUAGUGAACUAAUAUGAAAAUUUUCACCUCCAGUAAGUUGCUAUUGGGCCUUGAGCGUUGAGGUUGUGCAUUGUGGGCCUGACGGGCUUCUCUGUUUGACCAGGGUAGUUGCAUCUGUUCACAGUGUUCGAGUUAGGAGCUGCUAGAGGGUUUUCUUUGGAUUGAUAUAGGCUACUGCCUCACAAUCGUCUUUGCUUUUUCUACCAAGAUAGGUUGGUUCAGUGGGGUACUCUGAAUACAAAAAAGGUGUUUGGUAGUUGGUAUGCCACAAGUUACAGUCUUCAUGCUGCCUUUAAAUAACCCAUAAAAAACAGAUGGCCAUCUACAUAGCUGCGUUCUUCAUCUUCCUGUUGUAAAUUAGUAGUAAUGAGCUUGUCCUGUUUGAUCAGUCACCAGGUGGAGGGAGGACUAGGGGAGGGGAAUGUUUGAAGAACAGGGAGCCAUUGCCCUAUGACUCAUCAUCUGACUGACACUUAAAAAUAUUCCCCAAAUUGAGGGGUAUAUCUCCUCACUUCAAGAUUUUAAUUUUUUUUAAAUCAGUAUAAAAAAAAAUCUAAGCUUCAUGUAAAGUCAGUAAGCCUGCUUUAGUAAGAAUACAGUAAUUGGGACUUUGUGGGGAUGGAGGCAAAUUCAGGUUUGAAAAGGACUAACUUACCUUAUUAUAUUUGAAGGAUGAUCCUGAAUUCCAUUUUCAAAAAGCCGAAAACCCUAUUUGAGAUGGCUAUACACCCUAUAAAAUAAAUGGGAUUUCUUUAAAAUCUAGUAUAGACACUUUAGACAAUCUUGAAUUUUACACUGGGAAGGAUUCUGUAUUUCUCUGUUUAACUGUCUAGUGCUGCGGGAUACAAAUGGUUAUCUAAAUGAGAGAAUUCAAAUCAGACCACCACAAAUUCCUUCAAACAAAACACUGUAUUUUCAAACUGAAGUUAAGUGAACAACGCUGAGUAGCCACUAUAAAUCAGCCAAAAUUAAAUUAGACUUAUACUUUGGUACAUGUGUCAGCUUUCUAUGGGGUCGUGUGGACAUGCUGAGUGUUUUACAGUACAAUAGUCAGUCAUAAAUUGUGAGACAAAUUGAGUCAAACUGGUGCCUGUAAAAAUAAGGCUAGUCAGUAAGGUUAUCAACUAGGGCUGUCAAGUGAUUUAAAAAAUUAAUUGCACGAUUAAUCAUGCUGUUAAACAAUAGAAUACCAUUCAUUUAAAUAUUUUGGAUGUUUUCUACAUUUUCAAAUAUAUUGAUUUCAAUUACAACACCGACUACACCCUGGUCUACACUAGGACUUUAGGUCGAAUUUAGCAGCGUUAAAUCGAUGUAAACCUGCACCCGUCCACACAAUGAAGCCCUUUAUUUCGACUUAAAGGGCUCUUAAAAUCGAUUUCCUUACUCCACCCCUGACAAGUGGAUUAGCGCUUAAAUCGACGUUGCCGGCUCGAAUUUGGGGUACUGUGGACACAAUUCGAUGGUAUUGGCCUCCGGGAGCUAUCCCAGAGUGCUCCAUUAUGACCGCUCUGGACAGCACUCUCAACUCAGAUGCACUGGCCAGGUAGACAGGAAAAAAACCACGAACUUUUGAAUCUCAUUUCCUGUUUGGCCAGCGUGGCAAGCUGCAGGUGACCAUGCAGAGCUCAUCAGCAGAGGUGACCAUGAUGGAGUCCCAGAAUCGCAAAAGAGCUCCAGCAUGGACCGAACGGGAGGUACGGGAUCUGAUCGCUGUUUGGGGAGAGGAAUCCGUGCUAUCAGAACUCCGUUCCAGUUUUCGAAAUGCCAAAACCUUUGUCAAAAUCUCCCAGGGCAUGAAGGACAGAGGCCAUAACAGGGACCCGAAGCAGUGCCGCGUGAAACUGAAGGAGCUGAGGCAAGCCUACCAGAAAACCAGAGAGGCGAACAGCCGCUCUGGGUCAGAGCCCCAAACAUGCCGCUUCUAUGAUGAGCUGCAUGCCAUUUUAGGGGGUUCAGCCACCACUACCCCAGCCGUGUUCUUUGACUCCUUCAAUGGAGAUGGAGGCAAUACGGAAGCAGGUUUUGGGGACGAAGAAGAUGAUGAUGAGGAGGAGGUUGUAGAUAGCUCACAGCAAGCAAGCGGAGAAACCGGUUUUCCCGACAGCCAGGAACUGUUUCUCACCCUAGACCUGGAGCCAGUACCCCCCGAACCCACCCAAGGCUGCCUCCUGGACCCAGCAGGCGGAGAAGGGACCUCCACUGCAUGUGUUUCAAUGAUCACAGGAUCUUCUCCUUCGCAGAGGCUAGUGAAGCUUAGAAAGAAAAAAAAACGCACUCGUGAUGAAAUGUUCUCCGAGCUCAUGCUGUCCUCCCACACUGACAGAGCACAGACGAAUGCGUGGAGGCAAAUAAUGUCAGAGUGCAGGAAAGCACAAAAUGACCGGGAGGAGAGGUGGCGGGCUGAAGAGAGUAAGUGGCGGGCUGAAGAGAGGGCUGAAGCUCAAAUGUGGCGGCAGCGUGAUGAGAGGAGGCAGGAUUCAAUGCUGAGGCUGCUGCAGGACCAAACCAGUAUGCUCCAGUGUAUGGUUGAGCUGCAGCAAAGGCAGCUGGAGCACAGACUGCCACUGCAGCCCCUCUGUAACCAACCGUCCUCCUCCCCAAGUUCCAUAGCCUCCACGCCCAGACGCCCAAGAACGCGGUGGGGGGGCCUCCGGCCAACCAGCCACUCCACCACAGAGGAUUGCCCCAAAAAAAGAAGGCUGUCAUUCAAUAAAUUUUAAAGUUGUAAACUUUUAAA